UCGGUUAGUCGCAUGGAAGGCAGUGCAAAUGUUUACCUAAGUAUUUCCGAAUCGCUGUAAACAUUCGGUGAAGAAAAUGUUAUCAAUUCGAAAAUUGAGCAAAAAAGAUCCGGCCGGACAAGUAGAAUCUGGUGAUUACAGCAACGAUGCGUUCAUCAAGGAUGAGGGACCACCUACUGGCGAUAACGAACGUGAAAUUGAAAAUUAUCGACGAUCGACUAUCAAGAAAACGAGUAGCAACAUCUACGGUGCGUUUCAGUUUCGCGAAUCUAGCGAAGACGAUGAUAAGGAGGUCAAUCAACGCUCGAGCCUCCGUAAAGGCAAAAAUCAACCUUACCACCGUCAGCAUUGCGCAAAGCGAAAAUUCAAAGAUGGCCACCGUCACAAGCAUAGAAAGUCAUCAAAGACGAAAAAAAAGGCAGAAGAUGACGAAAUGGAAAAUCAGACGGGCCACCGGUUGAAAAGAGCGUUUAGCAUUUCUAGUGAAUCAAAUACGAGUCAUACGGAAUUGCAAGGCAUCGACCACAAGGAGAAUUUCACGUCCAUGCCUUGGCACAACGGAUGUUCCAUUUGGUUGCAGCAAAUGUUGGCAGCGGCCAUUGAAGAUAUGAUCAACACCAAAGAGGCCUCAGUCAUUCGUCUUUCAAAAACCUUUUCCGAUGAUUUAGCCGACGAAUCUGUGUGGCACGCAAUGCCCGUUGAAUGUCGAGACAUUGGCAUUUUAGUGGCCGCCUUAAAAGGCAAUGUCGUCAUGUUGAGGUGUUUCCUUGCGCUUGGAGGUGAUGCCAAUGCGACAGAUAUGGUGGGACGAUCUGCUCUUCAUUAUGCAGCCAGUUCGUCCAGCGCCGACGCUGCCCUCUGUCUUGAAAUCUUAAUCGAACACGGUGCCAUCGUCGAUACAUGGGAUUUGAACGGUGAAGCGACUCCGUUGAUUUGCGCAUCUGCUUCUGGGCGUAUAGAACUGGUGGAAGUGUUGUUAAAAGCCGGAGCAAACGUCAAUGCUGGACUGUCCGACUCGAAAAACUUGGAUGGUACCACCCCAUUGGUGUGGGCCGUACGGGCCCGCAGUUUGGUUUGUGCCACCCGACUCAUUGAGGCCGGUGCUGCUGUUAACAGCAUCCAGGUGUACAGUGAAUCGCCGAUUCACGUGGCUGCUGUUCAGGGUGACGUUAAUUGUUUGAAAUUGCUGCUGGACAACCACGCAGAUGUGCGUGUCCUGUAUGGAGCUGAACGGCGAAAUCCACUUCAUUUGGCAGCUUUCGAAGGCAAUGUCGAUUGCAUACGUAUGCUCUUGCACGCCAGUAAAGCGCAAGUGAAUGCAAAAGAUUCUUUGGGUCGGACACCUUUACAUUUGGCAGCGCUUUCCCAAUCGGUGGAUUCCGUGGAAGAAUUGCUGGACAAUGGAGCGGAAAUUGACAUAUGCGACGAGAUGCAAGAGACGCCGCUUCACAGUGCCGUUGUCAAAACUCGUCAAUCCAUCGAUGUAGUCAAAUUGCUCAUUUUGAAGGGAGCCGAUGUCAAUGCCAAAGAUCAAUUUGGACAAACACCUCUUCAUAUAGCGGCUUUCAACGAAAAUUCAAAAUUAGCUACGUUGUUGAUCCAUUCAGGCGCCGAUUUGUCGGCUAAAAAUCGCGGGAAAAUGUCAGCGUUGGCGUCGGUUGUUCGACGAGUUCCAGAUGCGUUGUCGGCCAUUCCGCGUACAUUUGAUUCAGCCAUACAAAUAGUGGACAAUGAUCCAGCCGAUCCAGAUUGCCAACUGCGAUUAGACUUGAGGGUCUUGGUGCCUGCUGGCAAUCAAAAACAGGUGGGCGAAAUGGGUUUACUGACUGCGUUAAUUGCGGCCGAACAGCGUCACAUACUCCAGCAUCCCGUCAUCGGGGCUUUCCUUCAUUUAAAAUGGAUGAAAAUUCGCAGCAUUUUUAUCGGCUCGCUUAUCUUCCAAUUCUUUUACGUUCUCUUUCUGACACUCAUCAUUCAUUCGAUUUUCGUGGUAGACGUUAAUGCCCCACAGGCCAAUUCAACUCACCUUAAUGUUUCACUGGCCAAUUUAACUGACGUUAAUGAUAAACUGGCUAAAAAUGCAACUGAACAGUUUAAGUCUUGGCCAGAAUCGUGGAAUGCAGCGCUAUGGUGGCUGACGGUCGUUGUUGGUUCGGCAACCGGUUGCAAAGAAAUUUUCCAGCUGUACUGCAAUCCAAAUGAGUACAUCAGAGAUCCAGAGAACUACGGGCAAAUUAUAUCUGUCGUCGGAAUGGUUCUUUCGCUUCUCAUGCCUCAUCCAGACCACACGCCACAGGGCGAUGGAAGUGACUGGCAGCAUCACUUGGCCGCCAUUGUUGUUGUCGUAGCCUGGAUUAAUUUGAUGAUGCACGUCGGGCGAUUCCCAGUGUUCGGUCUGUACGUGCAAAUGUUUACCACCGUUGCACAAAACAUUGGUAAAUUGUUGGUGGCUUACGUGAGUCUCAUUGUUGGCUUCGCGAUGGGAUUCGCCGUAUUGUUUCCAAAAUCACAACCUUUUUCACAUAUGCCUUAUGCACUCGUUACGGCAUUUGUCAUGAUGGCUGGUGAAUCAGAUUACAGCAAAAUAUUUUAUGAAGCCGAAGAGGGUAUCAAGUACAGUGGUACUACUCACCUUGUUUUCCUGGUUUUUAUUCUCUUGAUUUCCGUCGUUUUGAUGAAUUUAAUCGUCGGUUUGGCUGUUUCCGACAUUCAAGGACUUCAAAAAUCUGCACGCUUAGAUCGACUUGUCAGGUUAACGAAACAGAUUGCACGCAUGGAAAGUUUCAUUUUCUUCCCAUGGCCCAUUCAUUUCUCCAGCCUGUGGUCUAAAUUUCCUAAACGUGAAUCCAUUCGGCGACAUGUGCUGGUUGUGUCACCAAAAACAAAAAGAAAUUACAAUUUCAGACCAAACGACCCACGUGACCAUCACUUUCCAGCCGAUAUUAAAGAGAGUCUGUUGAAAAUUGUUGUUCAGAGAGUUGCCAAAAAGAAAAAAGGCACACUGACGUCCAACGUCCCCAUCAUGCGAACAGUGACGACACAAAAGAUGGAUGACAUCAACGAAGAACUCUACAACGCGGUGCUAAAUCGAGUUGAAGAACUCUUUCACAAUUACAUGUCACAAAUUGUUGUGAUGAACACCAACAUUGAAGAGCAACUCACCCGAAUGGCCACUCGACCCACGUGGUCAUCGACUCGAUCGUGGCAGCAACGACCGUCUUGUGAUUGCUCCAUGAUUCACGAAGAGUCCUUUAUUCGAAAGAGAGCGUAUUCAAUCACUGCUGAAUCACUGGCAUAAUCGCAGUUCGGUGCCAUCAAUUAUCAUUUGCUGCUCAACAAAUAUUAAUUACUUGAAGUGAAAAGGGUUUCAUGUGAAUAACUUAAAAUUCAAUUCAUAAAAUAACGCUUGUAUUAUAACCAUAAACUUGCCUAAGGAACGAAGAAUCAUGCGUGAUCGAAUCCACGUAGAAUUCAAAA